AUGGCGAAGGCAGCUGGUUUUUUUUCGGCCACCUGCUUGAUUGGCUGGUUGUCAUUGUUGCUACCAACUGGCUACAAUGCCGAGCCUCAGUCCAAGCCCUACAUCCCCUUUCGCACGGAUCCAACAGAACACUCUUUUGUAAAACACGUUAUUUCCUGGGAUGAUAACCGAAGUGACCGCAAGCGGAGCAAUGUCCGAAAUUUCGAUGCCAUUGCCAAUGAAGCAGCCGGCAAGAGUCAGUGUCCAUUACACUUCACAUUGGGAGUGUCGCGUCGUGCUCAUCACAAGGCCCAAAAUUCCAAUGCAUUUUCCGUUGUGCGUCCAGCAGUGGUUCAUCCUGUCUUUCCAGCCAGAGGACCAGGACGACAAAUCAUUCACACGACACUCUACGAACACUUGGACUUGCUCUCUCCUGAGAUUGCCUCGGGACCCGAAUCGGCGUCUUCCACCAUCAUUAAGGAAGGACUCAUUCAGCAUCAAGAAUUUCCGCUGCUGUUUGAAUCCUCGUCAUUUGCAUACUCGAGUCCCAUCGUCCAUGAUGUCAAUGGAGAUGCCAUUCCGGAUGCUAUUUUGAGCGACUACGAUGGUGGAAUUUAUAUCGUGGGAUUGCAUCAAGGCAAAGAUGGAAAGAGAUGGUUCCACAAAGCUCAGGUACCCAGAAUCUUUAUCAGGAAAACUUGGGUGGAAGCACGGGUCAAUGAAACUUGGAAAAAGCUACAUCCAGAAGAGCCAGAACCGGAGAAGGAACAAGAGGGUGAAGGCGAUGAGCAUGGAUCUAGGGAUCCCUAUCAUUCGUACUUUGAAUACAGCUCUGGACACAAUCAUGGUCAAAAGGAUGUCUUGAGAGGAGUCACAGCCAAUGUACUGGGGCAAAAGCCGGAAGACUUGAACGGACUCAAAAACAGACGCAGCAAAAAGCCAGGCCCAGUGAAUACGGACAGAGGCAGUGGUGAGGAGGAAGAACACGAAAAGGAAAAGAACGAAGAAGGGGAAACCAACCAUGAAGCUGUAAAUAGACGGCGCUUGCAGGAGGUUGACAUUUUGGAUGAAAUGGAUGCAUCUUUCCCUCGCAGACGGCUUCAAGAAGUCAAUCAGGAGGAAGAGAACAGACGAAGGCAAGAGGAAGAGAAUAGGCGUCGUGAGGAAGAAAACAAACGUCAUCGUGAAGAGGAAGAAAACAAACGUCGUCGUGAAGAGGAAGAACACAGAAAGCGACAAGAGGAAGAAAACAGGCGUCAUGAGGAGGAAAACAGGCGAAAGCAGGAGGAAGAAAACAAACGUCGUCGUGAAGAGGAAGAAAACAGAAAACGACAAGAGGAAGAAAAUAGGCGUCAUGAGGAGGAGAACAGGCGCAAGCAGGAGGAAGAAAACAAACGUCGUGAGGAGGACAAUAGACGCAAGCAGGAGGAAGAAAACAGGCAUCGAGAGGAAGAAGCAAAUAGAAAACGACAAGAGGAAGAAAACAAGCAUCGAGAAGAGGAAGAAAACAGAAAGCGACAAGAGGAAGAAAGCAGGCAUCGCGAGGAGGAAGAAAACAGAAAGCGACAAGAAGAAGACAACAGGCGUCGAGAGGAGGAAGAGAAUAGAAAACGACAGGAGGAAGCCCAACAGCGAGAGCACGAAGUACAACAAGAGCCUGAACGACGCGGAGAAGAGCACCAUGUGGCUGAGCGUGGAGAUUCGGCACCAGAAGAGCGUACCGAGCAAACUGAAGAAGGAGGUCCAGAUGAGGAAGCGGAAGAGAACGAGGAAGUGGAAGGCGAGGGCGAAGGAGACGACGAUGAAAGUGAAAGCGCCAGUGAAGCUGGUCCAUAUGAUGAUGCGUACCGUUCGGAAUCAAACUCGUACGGCGAUGAUAGGGAACCCCCAUCGGACUAUGGUUACGGAGGGGGAGAUGACAUGUAUGGAGCAGCAGGCGGCUAUGAUGAUUACUAUGGGCGCUACCAAAAUUACAGAGAUGAUUACUACGACGAAAAGCACUAUGUUCGCAUCAAUCCACACAUUCUCGCCACACCAACACUCGCCGAACUUCCGAAACUCUACGGGAGCGACGACGAAGUGGAAGAUAUCCUCUUUGUUCCAGUUUCCUAUUACCUCGAUGAAGACGAGUACGAAGGUCACUUGUCCUACCGUCGCUUUGAGAAUACCGACGCGGGGGACGAGACCGAGGUGCAGCGUGGGAUGUACAUUGCAAGCGCGAUUAUGUUGUUCCAGUUAAACGGGGGCGAUCCUAGGUGGGGGCGACAAGAGCAUCUAGACUUGAGCACUGACCAUUCUUCACCGCAAAACGCAACGCUGCUUGGCAAAAUCCCUGUUUCCGAAGACCACACCCACAUGGGUGCGUUUGCUUUGAGCAAGCCUGCCGUUGGAGACAUCGAUGGCGAUGGCAAACUUGAUGUAUUGAUCGGCACGAGCAUGGGGAUUGUCUAUGCAUUCGAUGCCACGCACAUGACGUUGAAAAACAACUGGCCUAUUCAAAUGCCGGCCGCUGUUGAAUCGCCGAUCGUGCUCGAGGACGUGGCUGCAAACACCAAGCUCGAAACAAUCGUUGCCGACAUUGGAGGAAACGUGGCUGUUUUCGAUGAAGACGCCAACAAGGUGUGGCACCGCGAUCUCCGCGCAGCUGCAAGCGAUGGCCCAAGUGUAGUGAGAGCAUCGAGUCCGAUGAGUCUGGGCGAUAUUAACGGGGAUGGUAUCCUGGAUAUUGUUCUUUCCCUUCAGAUUCUUCACGAACAAAGUAACAAGGAGAUUACAGUUGUGUUCGCGAUGCAUGGUUCAACUGGGCGGGACUUGGACAACUUUCCAAUUGCCUUUGAUACGCCACCUCCGCAACGAAGCAAACCCAUGGAGGACUGGGUCCACGAACAGCUUCCAGGGUUGCUUCUUGUUGACCUUCACGGCGAUCAAAGCCACGUCAAAGAUUACAUUCGCCGAAACGGAACUAAAUGGGAAAAGAGCAAUCGCAAAGCGUCUCCAGGCGGAGGAACCGCAGCAGGAUUGCACCUUGUGUUCCCGGUUGGCGAGACUCUGUACAUCAUCGAAGGUGGGUCUGGCUGUACGCAAACGUUUGGCGUUGGAGAAGAAAUGGUUUCAAUGGUGCAAGUGGAUGAUGUCCACGGUACCAACAGUCUCGAUUUGGUUGUUUCCACGACAUCUGGAAACAUUAUCACCAUGGAGUCGUCGGCUCCUUAUCACCCGUUGAACGUUUGGAACAACGGUGAUACUCGGGGACGACUUUCAGGCCCGGUUCAUGGCUUCUCGGCGUCUCAGGGUAUCUUUGUCCACGGUGUCAGUCGCGAGUAUCGAGACAUCUUUGGCGUGUUUGUCCCUGUUACGUUGGAAAUAUUUGAUAAUAGGCCUGACAUCCACAACGAGCCCGACAAGCGCGUGUACAAGGUGGAGAUUCGCGACGGCACCUCUUACAAACGGACCAUUUGGAGAAACACUUACAAUCAAACGGGAGUCUUCACGGAACGAUUAUACAUUCCACAUGGAGCAGGUUACUAUGCUCUCUUGGUUCAGAUGCGGGGAAGCAAUGGACUCGUUUACGAAGACAUGUUUCAUGUGGGCUACAAUGUGAACUACAUGGAUGGAUUUGGAAUUCUUCUUUGGUUUCCACUUUUGCUGGCUGCAGUUGCCAUCUUUCUGGGCAGUUCCAGGAACGUUCGGUGGGAUGACGAUGACUAUGAGAACGGAAACCGCGGUGGAGGGUUGGGAAUUCUUGGAUAG